UCCGACGCACAAUGACUCUCUCCCAAAAAAUUGGAAAAGAAAAACUAAUAAACCUGGUCAAAACUUAAUGAAAAAUGAAAUAUACGAAGCAGCCAUGGUUUGUCGAGGUAAAAGGAAAAGGUCCAUCAUCAUUGCCUCUUUAAGCUAGAAUCGCAUUCAGUCACCGGUCGGAGUUGGGCUGCUGCUAUGCCGCCGAUGGGCCCCGCCGCCGCCGCCGAAGUGUACGUGCCGAUGACCCUUCAAGUAUGGCGGGGUCUCGUGAACUGGGUGGGCUUCUUCUACCAGAUUAUUCUUCAGAUCCUGAGAGGCGCGCCUUGCCUACGUCACCUGCUGUCCUGCAUUUCUUCCUCUUCUUCUCCUGCUUUCAGGCCUCUGCCCGUAGCCGAAGUCCCUCUCAACGACUUGUCGUCCUCCGCCCACGUCGAAAACGGCGUCUUGGAUGGUCGCCCCGUCGAAAAGCUCACGUUCUUGAUUUGGAUGAGACUCUAGUGUGUGCUUAUGAGACAUGUAGUGUGCCUGCAAUUGUUCGCGCUCAAGCAACGGAAGCUGGGAUGAAGUGGUUUGAGAUAGAAUGUCUAUCUUCAGAGAAGGAGUCUGAUGGUAAACCGAAGAUCAAUUACGUGACAGUGUUUGAACGUCCUGGUUUGCGAGAGUUCUUGAAACGGGUUUCUGAGUUUGCUGAUCUUGCAAUAUUCACUGCUGGUCUUGAAGAUUAUGCUAGACCACUUGUUGACAGAAUUGAUGUGGAGAAUCUGUUUCAGCUUCGCCUUUAUCGGGCUUCUAGAGUUAGCACGGAAUGUCGGGAACACGUGAAAGAUCUGUCGUGUUUGUCAAAAGAUUUCUCUCGGAUUGUCAUUGUUGACAACAACCCAUUCAGUUUUUUGCUGCAACCGUUGAAUGGAAUUCCGUGUGUUCCAUUUUCUGCUGGCAUUUAUUUACAGUUUAAACAAAGAGACGAACAGUUAUCCGAAGUAUGCUCUGAUUACACCCUUCUUUGCCUUUCAUUCCGUCAUGUCGAUUAUACAGCUUUUGGAGGUGCUGCUUCCGCUUCUCAAGCAGCUCUCCUUGCAAAAAGAUGUCAGACCUACGCUUCAGGAGAGAUUCGACAUGGCUGAAUGGUUCCAAAUGCAUGGAUUUCAUGUUUCUGGUUGACAAUAUCGUUGGUAAUUAGGUCACGUAACGGAUAGCUGCAAUCUGUCUCGGGCCAAACCAGAUAGAAGUCUGGUGGAAGCGUUUCUCGAGAGGUUUUCUGCUCUUGUAAAUUAAAAUUCUGCAGUUUCCGGCCAAAUCCGUUUUGUUAUACUGCUUCCAAGGCCAACAAAUUUGACAUCGGAAUAUAUUACGAGGGCCGUCUUAUGGUACGAUUAACUCCAAUUCGUUUGUAAUUAGACGACGUUUCAAAUAGGGUGUAAUGCGUUCGGAAACUUCUGGGAACGUUAUGAAAAUAGUUUGGUUCAUUGUUUGACAGUGUAAUGGUGGCAUGUAAUCUCUUGAUUUGAUUAUUUUGUAUUAACGAGGCUUUUAAGAUAAUACUGGAACAUAAACUGCAACAGCGAAACAAACUUAGGGCCGGUUUUGGACUGCUUUAAAAUAUGUUUCAGUGUUCACUUAAAAAGUGCUUCAAGUUCAAGGAA